AACACAGUUUACUCACCACACACACUCGCACACACUCGCACACUCACCCUCGCACCCUCGCGCGCGCACGCACACUCCCUCACACUCCGGGCGCCUCCGAGAGCGGGCGCAGGGCGCGGGGAGCCCCAGGCACCGCGCCGAGAGCCGGCCAAGUUCCGCAGCCCAGCAUGGCUUCGGGGGACCUUUACGAGGUUGAGAGGAUCGUAGACAAAAGGAAGAACAAGAAAGGAAAAUGGGAAUAUCUCAUCCGAUGGAAAGGUUAUGGCAGCAAUGAGGACACAUGGGAACCGGAGCAUCAUUUACUGCACUGCGAGGAGUUUAUUGAUGAGUUUAAUGGGCUCCAUGUGUCAAGAGAGAAGAAGAUUAAGUCUGGGAAGCAAACCAACACCCCCAAGUUCCUAAGAGAAAGCCGAGGAGCUCCUAUCGAGAAACUGUCUCAUAGACCUGAAUCAGGGAAGAGCAAAGGGAGUUCUCACAAACGAAAGCGGAUGAACCCUUCCCUCCAAAAACCAAAAAAGGGGUAUACCUCAAAACCCCAGUCAGGAGGGGACAGGGCUGCCAAGACUGUUUCUUACCGAACUACACCCAGUGGCUUGCAAAUCAUGCCAUUAAAAAAGGCACCCAGUGGGAUAGUGAAUGGAGAUGCCAGUCACGAAAAGGACGUGGGACACUUUGGGGAUGGCUCCCACCCGCCCGGCUUGGAUUUGAAUGAGCCCGAGGGAGAGCCCGAUAUGGCUAACGAAUGUCCAGUUAGCCACGACUCAGUGGUUGCGAAUGGAAUCGGUUCUACUCUGACCAACGGAGGUCUACACUUGCAUAAUCCUGUGAAGAGGAAAAUUGAAGGGGACAAAGAUUACGUCUUUGAUAAGAGACUCAGAUAUAGCGUCCGUCAAAAUGAGAGCAACUGUCGGUUUCGAGACAUUGUGGUGCGGAAGGAAGAAGGAUUCACACACAUUCUGCUGUCCAGCCAGACUUCUGACAAUAAUGCCCUGACACCCGAGAUUAUGAAGGAAGUGCGGAGAGCGUUGUGCAACGCGUCCACGGACGACAGCAAACUCUUGCUUCUCAGCGCGGUCGGAAGUGUGUUCUGUAGCGGCUUAGAUUAUUCCUACUUACUUGGCAGGUUGUCCACCGACAGAAGAAAGGAGAGUACCAGGAUUGCAGAAGCUAUAAGGGAUUUUGUGAGAGCUUUUAUCCAGUUUAAGAAGCCAAUUGUGGUUGCUAUUAAUGGGCCUGCCCUGGGGCUGGGCGCAUCCAUCCUGCCGCUCUGCGACAUCGUUUGGGCCAGUGAGAAGGCCUGGUUUCAAACACCGUAUGCAACCAUACGUCUCACCCCUGCCGGAUGCUCCUCAUAUACAUUCCCACAAAUCCUCGGUGUUGCUCUGGCCAAUGAAAUGCUAUUCUGUGGAAGAAAACUCACAGCUCAGGAAGCUUGCAGCCGAGGGCUCGUGUCCCAAGUCUUCUGGCCAACCACCUUCAGCCAAGAAGUCAUGUUGCGUGUCAAAGAGAUGGCUGCCUGCAGUGCCGUAGUGUUAGAAGAAUCUAAAUGUCUCGUUCGGAGCUUCCUGAAAUCAGUCCUUGAGGACGUGAAUGAGAAAGAAUGCCAGAUGCUAAGGCAGCUAUGGAGUUCUUCCAAAGGCUUGGAUUCAUUAUUCAGCUACCUGCAAGAAAAAAUUUAUGAAGUCUGAAAGGCUCUGCUCUGGUUUUUGCACCCCCACUCUGUGCCCAGAGUAAUGAUCCUGACUUGUGGCUCUUCCCUGUGUUCGAAACAUUGGAGCCCAGUGUUCUGGAAAGGAGCUUGUGAAUGUCUCUCCAUACCUAGGCCCGUGUCAGUUUUCCUCGUGAUCAUUCUGGGAUGUUACUGGGUUUUUUCUGCGUUGGUUUGAUUUUGUGUGUCACUGUGGGGCUCGGCGGUCUCAGCCGGCCCACCUUGCUCAAGGGUUCCCCCAAGGGGCUGCCUCUUCCCGGAGGGAGCUCUCAGCAGGCAGCGACCUUGGUUCUGGAUGGCGUGGCCACGAUCCAGUGAGGCAGCCCCGUUUCUUCCAGUUUUCUCUGUCUUUUUGACUCAGGCUGUGUCAAUGAGGGGACCGCUCUUUGGAGAGCACCAGCUUUUGACCAGCUGUUACUAUGCUCGAAUGCCAAUCCAAGGACUAGAUCCAGCAUGAUUGAUUCCAGUCUGUCAUCCUCAGGCAAGACCAGCCCAGUCAAUCACAUAGACCCUGCCUCAGUUUCCUUCCUGUUGCCACAAGGAUCUGUGUGACCUCUAGGGCUUAGUCUGAAAAUCUUAACAGAAGUCAUUUACAAACCCAGAUAUUAUAAAUUUAGAAACGUUUUGUUAAAUAUAUAUUUUUCAACACUGUAAGUGGUGAUUCUAAUAAUUUAUGUGUAUUAUAUGUAAAAUUAGUUGGGUUGUGUUUUUUUUGUUUUUUUGUUUUUUGGCAAAAACUACCAGGAAAAAUGUUUUUUUUCCCUUUAAUUAAACUUAUUUAACUUAUUUAUUUGUGUUUAUAUUCAACUGUCUGUUAUUCACAAAGAUGUUAUUUUCAUACUGCCCUGGACCAAAUUCAAGGCUUGUGCUAGGCAGCGCAUCUUAGUAAUAAGCCACAAUGAGAGAAAAUUCUAAUAGAAAAGCAACAUAGAAUUUUUCCAGAUAACAAAUGAAUCCUUCUGAACUGCUCCUCAAUAGGAAACUGUUUCAAGCUGUUAUCUGUUUGCUUUUUUACUGUAGACUCAUCAAAAAGAAUGAUGGUGGGAAAUGUUUCUCUUUGCUGAUUGUCUUUUUGGGGAGAAUUGUGCUUUCCAGCCAAUAUCUUGUCUAAGCAUCCUCAGUUCACAGUAACCUGACUGAGCACCAGGUGGAGGCAGCACCAUUUUGUGAAAUAUCUCUUCUCCGGCCUAGAACACAUUAGCGUGGGAUGAAUGAGUGUUUGUUCCAUAUGUCUCUUGAACGUCUUGGGAAAGCAAAGGAGUAGAGAUAUAGAGCUGAAAGGGACCUUUGUGGUUAUUGAAUCUAACUCUCUCAUUUUACAGAUAAAUAAACUGAGUCCUAGAGAGGUUAAGUGAUUUACUGAGGCAACUAAUAAGUAUCUGAGGCAGAAUUCAGUCCCUAGUCUUCCUAACAGCUCUUGCUGAAUCUCCUACAACAUACUGUCCAUUGGGCCUUUGAGAACCAUAGGGAAAGUCUCAGCUUUGAUGGGUUAUAUGGGUAGAAGAGUCCCUGAAGGUAUUAAUAAAUACAAUAAAAUAAAAAAUAAAAGUUGGUCCUCUAGAAACUUUUUUUCCAGAGUCCUAGAGUUAAAGAAGGGAGCAAUAAAUACUUAUCCUACUAUUAAAUCUGUUUGAGUUCUAAGAUGCCAGCUUUGGAUUGACCUUUAAAAAAAUCUAGAAUUAGCCACCAGAAGAGAUUUUUCCUCAUUUGUAAGGGGAAAAUCAAGAAGAGCUCACAAAGGUGAAAAAUCCAUAUAGAAAUUAGUGCAAAAAGUAGGCAGACACUCACUCUAAGAAAGCGAAUGAGGGCCCUCUUCCCUAUUUCUCCACUUGUCUGACUUGCUUUCUUCUAACUUCUCAGACCUAUUCACAUUCCUCCCUCCUCCAUCAGCAUACAGUUUUUUAUAGCCUGCAGGAAAAAAAGACCAAUCAAAACUGGGCAUGUCCAAGAAGGGCUGUUUGCAAAGAGCCCCAGCUACAAUUAUUGCUAUAAUUCUUUCCAUAGUGUGAUUUUCUAGAAGAUUGCUCAGCUUGAUUCGAAAAGAGAGGACUUCUCAUAAAACCUAGCCUCCGGCUUCUUGACCAAACAUUGGUGACCCAUGUGCCUGCUAAGACCUGGGCUUCCCCUGAGCUCAAGGGAAGGCCCUCAUACCCAUUUUCUUAGUCAUGAUCUUAGUCAUUAUUGGGCCAUGCUUCCUUAGAAGCAGUACCAUCAGAUAUCCAAAGCCAGAAAACCGAUGGCAGAACAGGAAAAACAUGAUUGAGGGAUUCAUAGGAGCUCCAUAUAGUCUAGAGAAUAGAAAGGAUAUAGCAAAGAAAAUUUUGCCUUCCUCCUGCCCGUCACAACAUAAGGAAAUAUUGACCCAUUGAGUCCUUGUUGCAGACUCAGCUUUGCAAAAAGUGCUUCUUUUGGAAGGACCAACAAAUGAAUUUUAUCCAUCUUGGCUCAAGUACCUUCUUAUUGUGGAACAGAUGGCCCAAGAACUAAUACCUCUUCUUUGUGAACACCCAGAACAUCCAUUGGGUUCUCUGUGACAUUUUCCUAGAGAGAAGAAAAUCUACUGUUUACAAAAACAGGGUGGAAAGGGGUUCAUUUUAUCAAAUAGAAAUAAGUAUUCCAAAACUGAUAGUACUAAAAGAAACAUAUGGGUUCUAUGCUUAAAAGAUUAUCAUUUUGUCAGUAGCCUUUGAGGUCAUAGAGUCCAUCCAGCCCCUCAGUAUGGGAAUCCCUAAGUAUUCAUUCAACACAAUCUGAAAUAACAUCUGUAAUAUCUUAUAUUUGUUCAAGGUGAGAAUGACUUCAUUCAUUCUCUGGGUAUUUUAGAAGAGUCAUGUUGAUAAACCAAUUUAAAAAAUAGGUGCUGUCUGUGACUAUAAUUUACAUAAAAUAAUUUCAGGAAAAAACACCAUCAAUGCAGUUAAUUUGAUGAAAGUUAAUCAAAUCAGUUAGGUGUCAGGUACUAUUAAGCGACAAACCGAAUUUUUUAUUUUUUAAAUUAUAUUUUAGUGUUUAGUGUCAUAUAACCACAACCUGUAGAACUACUGGAGAAAUUAACUGAGAUUGAGAACUCUGAGUGUUCUGGGGCUGUAUUAACAAUAAUUUUCUUACAAGUAUACAAAGAUAUUCUUACCUUACAGGUUAGCAUAUAUAUACCUAUUCCAUGCCUCCCUGUUUUAUUGUCUCUUUCCUCCUGUUCCUCCCUAGGGUCUGUGUUAUUAUCCAAUAAGAUCCAUGCCUCUGGAUACAGGAGGAUAUGUGCCAGUCAGGAGCAAUGGCCAGCUCCCUGAAGUUUCUCAUUGGAUAAUUUUAGAAUGGGGCUAUAGGUCUCUGCUUUGGACAUGAAGUGACUGAGUCUUUUGUGCUACAGUGGCAAGAGUGCCUGAGUUCAAAUUUUGCCAGCUCUAAAACUUCCUAGGUUUCAGUCUCUUCACCUGUAAAAAGAUAUGGUUAGAUGAAGUGGCCUUCUGAAGUUCCUUAAGCUCUAUAUCUAUACUCUGUAUAAACCUUCAGAAAUUCUUGGUCAAAGAACUUCUCAUGUAGGAAACUGUCCCUUUGAGAAUAGGACCUUUUAAAAAGUUCUGCAGUUAUUACCAUUUGAGACCCUCUUUGUCCAGUGGUCUCUGUCCCUCAGCUUCCUCAAUCCUCUGACCCCCCCAAAAAAUCAUGGUCUUCUCUGCCAUGGCUUCUCAGCCAGGCCUAAACACCAUGACCAAUGAAUAGUUGCCCACAAAAGAGUGAAUCUUCAGUCAUCUUUGAAGGAUGCUCUGUUGAAGCUAGAAACCAUUUCUGGCUAAACAUAAAACUCCUGAUACAAAGGAGUUUCAAAGAGGCAGGUUGACCACUAAGAAAUGACUGCAGUUUCCACCCCAAGGCGAGCCAGUCUGUCCUCCCAGCAAGGGAAGGAUACCUUUACAUAGAUUCUAGCAAAGUCACACACUCUGUGUAUAACACUAAAACAAUAUAAGGUGCUAGGACACUGAUUUAAAGUACAUGCUUGUUCUUGCUGAUUGAUCUAAGACACUAAUAUGAAGCUGUGUUUUAUCCAUAGAAGAUCUAGAGUGGAAAAAAGAAAUAGCAUAUCUGAUCUCAUAAUCUUGCUACCAUAGUCCUAAACAUUUAGAUUUUAAAAAAAAAACCCUAUCCUUUUACAAAGGAAAAAUAGAAUUCCAUUUUUCAUAAUUGAUU